AUGUCCUUGAAACCUGACGACCCCAGUGCUGGGUUCCAGCACAACAAUGUGGUGGCCUUCAUCAAUGAGAAGAUGGCCGGGCACACGAAAGGCCCCGAGUUCUACCUCGAGAAUAUAUCCCUGUCCUGGGAGGAGGUAGAGAACAAGCUCAGGGCCAUCCUGGAGGACAGCGCGGUGCCCAGCGAGGCCAAAGACGCCUGUGCCUGGAGCAGCCUCGCCCUGGGCGUGCGCAUUGCCCGCAGGCAGAGCCAGUUAUACAAGAACAGGGUACAGUGGCUGCACGAUUUUGCCAGACUGCAUAAGUCUGCUGCACAGACCUUGGCCACUGACCUAAAGAUGCUCACAGCGCAGCAGGAGAUGGAGCGCAAGGAGUCAGCCUUCCGGCUGUGGCAGACACAAGCAAACCUGGCGGAGAUGCAGAAGGAACGGGACCUCCUGAGGUGGAAGCUCUUCCAGGUUGUAAGAUUAUCUCUACUUGAUCCCCACCCCAUCUCCCUGCCCCGUCCCCAGAAUGGGUCUCAACCCUGCUCUCCUAUCUCCCAACAGCUGGGGUGUACCAGGGAGCGGGGCCAGGCCUCCAUGAAGCCAGGCCUGGCCACUGCCAGUGGGGCUGGGACAGAAGGGGCCCAUGAGGAGGAGGAAUCCCAAGCUGCUGCUACUUUUGCUACUGCUGUUGGUACCACAGGAAGAGGAAGAAGACAGAAGGAUACACUGGGGGCAGAAGCCACAAGGGAGCUGGGUGGAGGCCUCAUGCACCUGGUUGGAGCCAUGGAGCGGAAAAAUUACACCACUGGUGGGCAGAGGGAGGGAGAUCUCAGGUCAGUGGAAACAGCCAUGUUUUAUUUCUCUGGGACCCUCAAGCCCGGGCCCACAGUCACACCAUCACCCCUCCCUGUCCAGCUCCCUGCCUCAUUCACAUACUCCUACUCAUGCGCCUCAUCCCCUUUCCCACCUGCACCCGCACCAUUCCCACCAGCAGCAACAUUCACAGCAGGAGCUCCAUCUCAGACAUCUCCCCACCGGCAGCCCUCUGAUGUUAGCUUGUGGUCUGAUGGGGGGUCCCAGGGAACAGGCCCUCAAGAAUCCCAAAGAGACAGGAGAGACUAUGAACCCCAUCAGCAGAGAAGACCUCCCAUGUUUCGCAGGCCUGGGGAUUGGGACUGCCCUUGGUGUAAAGCUGUGAAUUUUUCACGGAGGGAAAUUUGCUUCCGCUGUGGGAGGGGAAUCUGGCUGCAAAGCCCUCAGUAAUUUUAGAAAUGUGAAACCCCUGAACAAAAACAUAUACCAGUGGGAAAUCAAUU